UAUGAAUCUGAGAAAAAUAUUGAGAGAGAAGAAAAGAGAAACUGCAGAAAGGAUGAAGAACAGCUAUAUGAUACAAAACAAGAAGCCAUCUUAUUAUAGAUCCAAAAUUAAGAAAGCUAGAAAAGUCAAUCUUGGUGAAGUCAAGAGUUAUAGGAAUGCUCAGUCGAAUGACCCAGCAGCUCGUUAUAGCAAACCAUUACAGGCUGAUAUCUCAAGAUCCAUGGAUACUCUGGGGAGAGCUGAAAGUCCUGGAACAAAGGCUCUUAGGAUGAAAAAGAAAAUUCUAACUCAGAAGGUUUCAAAAAGCAAAGCUCCUGAAAUCAAAAUCUCUGAAAAUUCUCAACCUGCUAGAGAAAUGAGUGUUCCACCUCUUUUGCAUACCCCUGCUAAUAAACCACUUUCAGAAAUGAGUGCUAUUGAGUAUUAUUGGUUCCACAAAAACCAGCACGAUGCUCAAAACUCAGGAAUGUCUUCAACAAAAUCAAUAGGAAUGGGUCUUAGUGAAAAACCUGCCAGUCAAAGAAGCAAGAGAGAGAAAAACGUAGAGACACCUGAAAAGAUCCGAAGAAUGCAUGAGCAAAAACAAAGAGAAAUAGAGGAGAAGAAGCAAGCUGAAAUUGAGAGAAAGCUAGACAUCGACCGGAAAGUUAAAGACCACCUCGUCAUCGCCAUGGAAGACCCAGUUGAAGUCUCUAGAAGACUUAGGAAGAAGAGCAAAAGAAGUGUUAGAAGGAAUGAGGACUAUGACCCAACUCAAGAAACCUUGAAAAAGAAAAAUAUUGUAAAGAAGGAGAAGAAAAUCAAGAAAGAUGGUAUUUAUUACAUCAAAGAUGCUGAGUCUAAGAAGAUCAGCAUGCCUAAGCUUGCGAACCUGAAUCCAAAAAUAUUCGAGAUGUUUGCAAAGGAAAGAGUAGAAGCAAGAAAUGAAGCUGAGCAUCACACUGAACCUAACCAAGAGAAAAAGCGCAAGAAAAGGCACAUUAAUAUUGCGGGAACAAAUCCUUUAGCAUCGACAGAUUAUAAGAAGAGCAAGAAGAAAUCAAAGUCUGUGGCUAGGAAUGAAAAGCCUUCCCAGAAAUCAGACUAAAUAGGUUGGUUGCCAGAGAAACCAUCUGACACAAAAAUAUGAAAAAAUUUAGUCUUUACAAUUAAUAUUGCUAUUACAUUUUAAGGAGAAUUAUGAACUU